GUUGAGUUGCCACGAUGAUCUUGACAUUUCGUGUACUAAACGACAACAAGCUUUUUAGGACAACAGAGGAGUAGAUGAUUGGUAUAAAAACCGAUCCAACGCCUAAUCGAGAAUUUCUAUCGCGAAAGUAACGGAGAUAAUAAUAUACCGAAAUACAAAACAAACAUAGACUGCACAAAUUCAAAAUGUUGCAGCACCAACAGCAGCCGCAGCGGCCUCGUCGACGGUGUGAAGGGACCGCCAUGGGAGCUAUCGUUCUUGAUCUCCGCCCUGGACUUGGUAUCGGCCCUUUCACUCUCGGUAUGCCGAUAUGUGAAGCGUUUGCCCAAAUUGAGCAGCAGCCGAACAUUUACGACGUCGUUCAUGUGAAGUACUAUGAUGAGGAACCACUUAAGCUUGAUAUUGUCAUUAGCUUUCCAGAUCAUGGUUUCCAUCUUAGAUUUGAUCCUUGGUCCCAGAGACUACGCUUGAUUGAAAUUUUUGAUGUCAAACGGCUUCAAAUGCGAUAUGCCACUUCUCUUAUUGGGGGACCAUCCACUCUAGCUACCUUUGUAGCAGUAUAUGCACUUUUUGGUCCAACUUUUCCUGGAAUUUAUGACAAAGAUAGAGGAGUGUAUACUCUGUUCUACCCGGGCCUGUCCUUCGCUUUUCCUAUUCCUAGCCAAUAUACAGAUUGCUGCCACGAUGGAGAAGCGGAACUGCCACUGGAGUUUCCAGAUGGUACCACACCAGUAACAUGCCGUGUUUCCAUAUAUGAUAGUUCUACAGACAAAAAAGUUGGUGUUGGGUCCUUAAUGGAUAAGGCUUCUGCUCCUCCAUUGGCUGCUGGAAGCCUGUACAUGGAAGAGGUGCAUGUUAAGCUUGGUGAAGAGUUGUACUUCUCUACUGGGGGGCAACAUAUUCCUUUUGGAUCAUCACCACAGGAUAUUUGGACUGAAUUAGGCCGCCCUUGUGGUAUUCAUCAGAAGCAGGUUGAUCAAAUGGUCAUUCACUCUUCUUCUGAUCCUCGUCCACGGACGACCCUUUGUGGAGAUUACUUUUAUAAUUAUUUCACUCGUGGUCUGGAUAUCUUAUUUGAUGGACAGACUCAUAAGAUCAAGAAGUUUGUUUUACACACCAACUAUCCUGGUCAUGCAGAUUUUAAUUCGUAUAUAAAAUGCAACUUUAUUAUUCAAGUGAAUAACUCGAAACAUAUUACGCCAAGCACAAAAUGGGAUCAAGUUAAGUCACUUCAGGAAAUCCUUGGUGACUGUGGCCGAGCAGCUAUCCAAACUCAGGGUUCAACAAGUAAUCCUUUUGGAUCCACAUUUGUAUAUGGUUACCAGAAUAUUGCCUUUGAGGUGAUGAAAAAUGGUUAUAUCGCAACUGUAACUCUCUUUCAGUCAUGAUCCUUUUCUUUUCUGCAUGGAUGCUACCGCUUGCUUGGAAUGGGUGGAUUGUACAGUCAAUUUAGCAGAAAACAGAACUAAGUUAUAACAUUUGUCAUGUGGGAAACAACGUUUGAAUUGUAAAUAACUGCAUCCUUCUGUAUGGUUCAUUUGUAAAUAUAACUAUUAUUCACUCCUGCAAUUCUUAAUACACUUAUUCAAAUUAUUGGUCUUGUGCAAUUGCCAAAAA